AUGUCGCGCUCCCUCAUUGUGCUUUUGACGUACGACGAUCCGGAGUGCGGCGGGGCCGCGGACGCCCUCGUGGAGCACCUGCAGCGGGACUGCGCUGUGGCGGCGGAUCGGUGUCAGUUGACGGUGCGCCCGAUAGCCAUUCUGCACAACGCCUCCCACCGGGACGCGCUGUACCGCACACUGCAGGACCUCUUCCAGGUGAAGCCGAAGGACAUUUACGUCAUCACCUUUUUGAAGGAGAACAACUUUGCGGAGUACCGCAAGGUUCGCGAGCUGUGCAACGGGGUGAAGCCGUCUUGCAUCAAGAAUCAGUUGCUGACGCACGUGGCGAAUUACAGCGAUGUGGGGCUCAUCAUACGGAAUCUCGUGCGGUUGGUACUAGAAGAAAUGCGGAAGGAGGUGUGA